AUGUCUUCUGACGGAAUUAAUUUUGUUGUGGAGGGAGAGAUUCCUGAGGAAGGAACCGCACAGUCUAAGCUGGUGGAGCAUACUGGUGGAUGCCACUGUGGAGCAGUCAGGUUUAAAGUUAGGGCACCCGAGAAUCUAGUGGCUCAUGACUGCAAUUGCAGUAUUUGUGUGAAGAAACAGAUUAAAGGCUUUAUUGUUCCAGAGUCAGAUUUCACUUUAUUGCAGGGAGCAGACAACAUAACCACAUAUACUUACAACACCAGACAGGCUCAACAUACUUUCUGUAAAACAUGUGGUGUGGAGAGUUUCUAUACUCCCAGGUCAAACCCAAACGGGCUUAGCAUCAAUUAUUAUUGCUUAGAUCCAGGAACCUAUAAAUCGGUGACAUUGGUGAAGUUUGAUGGAGUCAACUGGGAGCAGGCUGUCAAUGACCCCAUUGCCAAGAAAUAUUUUACAGAUAACGCCUAA